AUGGAAGCGAUCAGUUUAGCGAUCAAUUCUUGGGUGCUUUUUGCCGUUACCGUUGCCUUUCUUUGGUGUCUACUAUUUCGACGGCAAAAGCCAGCGAAUUAUCCACCAGGACCAUGGGGUUUACCUAUCGUCGGAAAUUUGCCUCAUCUUGGCUCCUCACCGCACAUAGCGUUGACCAAGUUGAGCAAGGUCUAUGGUGAUGUGUUUUCCGUGAGGUUUGGUUCGAGAGACGCUGUCGUAUUGAACAGUGAGAAAGUAGUCAGAGAGGCGUUGUUGCAACGUCAUCGACAGUAUUCCAACCGACCUUCACUUUUCAUGAUGAAUGUACUUGGUGUUCAGAAAUUCAGCAUUGCUUUUGGAGAAUAUUGCCCUAUUCAGGUUCAGAGAAAAAGGUGCGCCUUGAGAGCAAUCCACGAAACUGUCUUCAGCGACCUGGAUCAUUUCAACAAAAUUGUUCAAGAUGUGUUUAAAGUUUUUGAAAAGGAGCAAUUCCAGAAAGGAACCGAAAUCUUUCAACCAUCCGUUCAACUGAAGAUGGCUGUGAGCAAAAUAAUGUUUAAGUUUACCUUUGGAGAGGAUCCUCGCGACCACUUGUUGUCGAAAGAACUGGAAAGGAUUGCUGUCGAGUCAACAGAGUUUACAGAGAGCGGUACUGCUGGCGCUCUUGUAGAUUUUAUCCCCUCGUUGAAGCCUUUUCUUCGCAAGCAGAUCGCAAUAGCCGAACACUCGGUGGAAGAAUUGAUCAACUUCGUCCACAAGGUUUAUACCUCCCGUAAACAUCUCCUAACGAGUGAUUCUUGCAUUGCCUUGUGCAUUAAGAAACUUUUGGAAAACUUACUAAAGAAAUAUAGUGGAGACCCGAAAAUGUAUUCAAACACGCUUAACGAGCAGAGCUACCCAUUACCUCAAAGUAAGUCGUGUAAUAUAAGCGACGAAGAAAUGGCCAAACUGAUAUCUGCUGAUAUAUUUGGAGCUGGGCUGGAAACGGUUGGCAACGCUUUGUGUUGGGCAAUGGGCUUUAUAGUAAACAAUCAGGAGAUUCAACAAGACCUUCAUCGAGAGUUGGACAGAACUGUGGGGCGACAUCGUCUUCCGAACAUACAAGACAAGCCAAAUAUGCCUCUUCUUCAAGCAACUGUACUGGAGGUACUUCGCAUUUCGUCCGUGCUACCCACUGCUUUGCCUCAUGAAACUUCUGAAGAUGCAACCCUUGGCAGCUACAAAAUCCCAAAGGGGACCCUCGUCGUUGUUAACCUAUGGGCAGUGAAUCAUGACCCUCGCGUCUUUGACAAUCCGCACGAGUUCAAUCCUUACCGAUUCCUGGAUGGAAAUGGAGCUCUCUGCGAGAAAAAGAGCAGGCUGCAAAUGCCUUUUUCAAUUGGCAGCCGACGUUGUCUGGGAAGCACGCUUGCUAAAGCUGAAAUAUUUCUGCUCCUAGCUUGCCUCUUGCAUAAGUAUCAGUUUUCAAGCCCGAAUGGAAGCAACAUUGACUUAACAGGCCGUUUUGGAUUCACUUGGAGUCCAAACCCCUUUAGUAUUCGUAUCCGCAUCCGUUAG